CGAGGGUUUAUGGGGAGCGAAGUGGACCGAAAACCUUUUGCUAGCGAAGAUGAGAGGAUAUAUGUAUAUUUUUGUAUCCGUAAAGAUAAUAAUGAUAUAGUUUUGAAUCCGGAAUCAGUUUAAUAGUUUUUUUUAUCUCCUGUAUGAAUUGUAUGCGCAGUUGUUGUGACUUUUUAAGAUAAACAGGACAUAGAUUUGAAUCCGGAAUCAGCUUAAUAGUUUGGCGUUGUUUUGUGACAAUAUUGAUUUGUCUACCUACCAAAUUUUUAUAAAAGCUAUACGCCGACAGAAAAACUUGGAGAAAGCAGUCAAACAUUCUUUAAGAAUGGCUCAACUCGCAAAAAUAUUCUUAACUGUGCUUUUUGUGGUUAAAACCCUUUCAUCAGGCUGUAAUGAAAAAUGGAAAACAAUCGUUAAAACCGGAAAAAACGGAGAAGAGAAAUACGGAAGUAAGCAGGAUCUGGUGAAUCAUUUGGUGGCCGGAGAUGAUAUCAGAUUUUCUCUAAACAAUGGUGCAUAUUUCACCUCCAUACAAUCGGCCAUUCUGACUGGAAAUGAAAAUAUAUGUGUGCAAGCACUUUUUCACAUCAGUAAAUCUGGAUACAACAAUUUCCAAAGUGACGCCUACUGGUGGUUCUUAAACGUCUGUACAUCAGGUCACGUGCAUAUGUCCAGGUGGUCUGUUGGUGCACACACUGAUAGAGGGCAAACAAAAACGACAUAUGAUAUAACCUGGUUUGCAAGAUCACGUAGUUGCCAAACACAGCCUAUCUUCUGCAAUCUGGAAACAGGAGGGAGGAAAUGUGGUGAUGUAUCUCUAUUGGCAAGCUCGGUUUUGAAUGGUGCAAGCGUUAAGGUUCUCAACCCUCAAAAUGGAUACAUAACAAGCUUUACAAAUAUUGCUGUAUCCGGUGAUGGUUUAUCCGUAGCUGGACAAUACCCAUGGCACGUCAGUCAAAGUAUUGUUAAUAAUCAUGUUCAGUUCCAGUCAAACGUUUACUGGUGGGCAACAAUAUGGUCAACUACUGGCCGAUUGGAGAUGUCUCGAUGGAAUGUUGGAGAGCACACUAGUCGAGGGAAAAGUAGCAUGAAUACCCCAAUGGAGUGGUUUGUGGAUGACUGCUGGACACUUGCGUACAGCCAUAACAGAUCUGGUCAUGAAACAGAUGGAUCGUUAGACUUGCUUGUCGGGGCUGUUUUGGCAGGCAGGAAAGUCAGAGUCAAGAUGGGUUCAUACAUUGUGGAGCCAGAAAAUCUUUAUAUAAGAAACGGACAUGUGUCUGCUCAGCUUUUAGGGCAUCUAUCUAAAAAUACAAUCUUUGAUUUCCAGACCGAUGUUUAUUGGUAUUGGCAAAUCGUUUCAACAACCGGUGAUGUUGAGACAGUGAGGUAUGAUAUUGGAAGCACUCAAAACAGAGGAAACUCGGCUGACAAACAGGCAAUCUCGUGGUUUAUUGAGACAAGGCCAUGGUCUAAUGUACUCUCUACUUCCAGCACUGGCUCUGUGACACACGGGUCUAAAGCUGACUUGGUAACUGCUUUACAAGCUGGAUCUCAGCUUCGGUUAGUAGUCCACGAGGCAGUGGACUCUUUUAGCAUAAUUGAGGCAGAUAAUAUAGCAAUCGAAAACUCUGAGGUUGCGGCCCAAUCGAUUAGAUACAUCAGUGAUGAAAACGGAAGUAGUGGCAUUCCACGUCGGUUUAAGACUCCACCAUACUGGAAAUUUACUUUGACGUCAACAGAUGGCAACCAAAGAGCUGUAUGGUGGAAGGUAGGAGAGCACACGUCACUUCCGGCAUCAACAGAGAGGUACCCUGUAGACUGGAUUGUCGGUUGAUGUUUAAAAAACAAAACUAUUUUUUCUUUACCACAGAUUAAUGUCAUGUUUGUGAAUGUUAAUCUAUUUUUUGGUUUUGGUGUUUUUGACU